AUGAAGUAUUAUUGUGUCGAAACAAUCAAAGAAUUGAAGAAGACGAUGGCAAGCGAAAGGAGUUAUAUUACUCACGUCCAAACACAAGAAGAAAGUCUUCCAUAUUACCAGAAAGCGAAACUGUUUGUGCAAUGCGGAAUUGUAUGCUUAGAGUUUUUCUUCUUACAAUUUGUGUGUGUGCUGAUGCUACGCGCGUUUGGAGUGCGCGAGUACUUUAUACAAUCUUUGGCAGUUACUACUGUGGUCAUUGGGUUCAUGUUUACACGAAACGAUAACUCGAAGGAAAAGAUAACAGUUGAACGAUUUAUUCAAGAGAUCACCGAAAUCAAAGGAGGGAGCGCUAACAUCAAAUAUGUUGUGUAUGCCUUUGUCGGGUACGUUGGAUUGUUGGGCUUGAGGUUUCUGCUGAAUACGUUUAACAUCGACGAGUCGCCGUUGUACGACAAUUUUUAUAAAGACGAUCAAUUUGACAUCUCAAUGGUUUUGGACUCCGUGCUGUUCUCAGUUAUCACAGAGGAAAUCGCGCUGAGGAGGAGUCUGUUUAACACGACGAAGAAAUACACUCCACAAUGGAGAAACUACUUGUACCCAAUGUCCGCGUUGUGGUUUGGUCUUAUCCACUUUGUGAAUAUAGGAACGUCUUCGUUCACUAAUGUGUACGUCUUUUAUCAGAUGGGAUAUGGGAUGGUUAUGGGCUAUUUCUUUGCUAUAUUCACAGACAAAUUGGGCAUCUUCCCAACCCUAGUUGUUCACUUCUGCAACAACGUGACUGCAAUUUUCAUGCCUUUCACAUUAUCAUUUUUCUUGGUAUUUUACUCGGUUAUAUCUGCUGCAAUACUUGGCCUCAUUUCUAUCAAGUUGCUGAAGAUCGAUAACAACAAAACGGAUUGA